AGCAAAAAUCAAAAACUCCCUGGAUGCCCGGCUGUGCGAAGAUGCCCUAACAUGGAUCGUACACAGCUGCUCUACUGCUCUGUGCUCUUGGCCAUUGUAGGCAGCUUGCUGGCCAGCAGGAUGUGCCCGGACCUCAUCACUGACAGCUGCCUAUGCACCGUGGAGCGCUCUAAGGGACUCGGCAGACACAAAGUGCUGCACAUCAAAGUGCUAUGCAAUGAAGGGGAGCUAGUGGAAACUUUACAGCCUGCUCUGCUGCCCAACCUAACAGUCAGCCUGAUUCUGAGCAAUAACAAGAUAUCUCUGGUAAAGAAUAGAUCUUUUUUUGGACUCAGCUCUCUGGAGAAACUAGAUCUGAGGAAUAACUUGAUUAGCACCAUCGAGCCGGGGGCCUUUUAUGGACUUUCUGAACUGAGGUGUCUUGACCUGUCUAACAACAGGAUUGGAUGUUUGUCAUCUGACAUGUUCUCAGGACUUCACAACCUGCAAAAACUUAAUUUAUCGGGAAAUAUUUUUUCAACACUGGAACCUGGACUUUUCUACGCACUUUUGUCACUAAAAGUCAUAUUCUUCAGUAGUGAAUCCCUCAUCUGUGAUUGCAAUGUUAAAUGGAUCUUGAAAUGGGCCGCAUCCUCAUCAGUUCGUAUUAGCGAGGAGACUGUGUGUGAACAUCCGAGUAGUGUUCGGGGGCUCGAAUUUUAUACCUUGCAAGAGAACCAGUUAACAUGUGAUGGACCAUUGGCAUUGCCCUUGUUUCAGAUAAUUCCGUCACAGAAGCAGAUUGUUUUCCAUGGCGAUCGCCUCCCCUUUCAUUGUACUGCUACCUAUAUGAAAAGCACAAAUGAUAUUUACUGGCUUCAUGAUGGACGACUGAUUGAAAGUGACGAGGAGCGUGGGAUAUUUGUUGAAGAAAGUACGGUUCAUGACUGCUGCUUAAUUACGCGUGACCUCAUUUUGUCCAGUGUUGAUGUAGAUGCCUCGGGUAUUUGGGAAUGCCGAGUGAAUACUUCCCAUGGAAGCAUCUCCAAGCAAAUAGAAAUUGUUGUUCUAGAAACUGGAGCACCUUAUUGCCCCAUGGAAAGAAUAAUCAAUAACAGAGGGGAUUUUAGAUGGCCUAGAACAAUAGCUGGCAUGAUGGCUUUCUACCCCUGCAGAGCAUUUCCACUUAACUCGCUGCUUUAUGCAGAACAUGGAGAAGAGCCACGAGCCUGGCGAAAGUGUGACCGCACUGGACUCUGGACAAAAGAAGACUAUACAGAGUGCCCCUUUAGUCAUGAAGUAACAAGACAUCUUCAUGCCUUCAGCCUGAUGCCUGUGAAUGACUCCAAUGUCCUUGAAUAUGCUCAGCAGCUAAUGACCUACACCAAGGGAGCCUUAGACUUCUCCGAUAAGAUGGAUGUGGUGUUGGUCGCCGACAUGAUGGAAAGGAUGAUAGCGUUUCUGCAACGAAUCAAACAUCUCGAAGGGAUUCUGGUAGAGAUUGCAAGUAACAUUAUGUCUGUAGAUGACCACAUUCUAUGGGAGGCACAAAAUGAAGCCAAAGCGUGCACAAGAAUUGUGCAAUGUGUGGAAAAGAUAUCCAGCCUGACACUGGACAAUAAAACUCAAGUAAUAUCAAAGGUUUCCCUUAAUAUCGCACUGGAGGCCAUCCUAAUCAAGCCGGCAACCUUUAUUGGCAUGACUUGCAUUGCCUACCAGCGAACAUCUGCACAUCCGGAGAGAUCAUUGAUCCGCAGUAAUAAGGAUGUAGAUGUGGAGAAUAUUCACAACCACAAUUUAAUUUUAAAGUGCACCUCUGGCAGUCUAGCUGGCUCGCUGCUGAACUUCUCCACAAAAGAUUUAAAGAAACAUCAUUUGUGA